CAUGGCUACGCCACGUAACUUUUCAAAACAGUAAAUAAAACUUGGAUUUAGAUAGGCGACAGUUAUGGAUAUCGAUAACAACAAAUAUUACAUUGAAAGCGAACAGAUUCCUGAAGAUGACAAUGCAUCUUCUAUAGUAUCGGUUAAAAUUGAAGAUUUACCAGACACAUUGAAAGAUGAUGACCUUGAUCCACUUGUCUUGAGAGUCAAGGAGACGAUAAAAGACUCAGAAGCAAAGGAAAGGUUUGAUGGACUCGCUUCUGAUGUUCAUUCUCAAGAUUCUUCUCCAUCUGUUGAUCAGUUUUUCCGUAAUUACUUACAAAACAAUGGAUUUCUUGAGACUCUUAAUGUCUUACAGGCAGAAUGGUUCAAGUUCUUGCAUAAAGGUUUAUUGAGUAAAGAAGCUGCCCCGGUUCCUGAUAUUUAUAUACAAAACGAUGAGCUAAGAAACAUGAUAAAAGAUAUAAGAUCAGAAAAUCUGACUUUAAAAGAUUCAGUUUUGAAACUAAGUGAUGAGUUGAAAAAAGUAAAGAAUGAACGAGAUUAUCACAUGAUCAAGCACAGACAAACGUUACAAGAUAAAGAGAAGCUACACUGUGACGUAAAAAGAGUAAAAGAACAUUAUGCUGAAUAUGAGCCAAUUUUAAGAUUAUUAAGACAAAAAUAUGAAACAGCAAUGAAAGAAAAAACGUUACAUAGAAUUGAACGAGACAAAGCUAUGAACCAAGUUGAAGGACUUCGACACGCUUUAACUUCAUUGCAAAAAUUAGGUAUAACGUCUAAUGAUGCAAACGAUAUUGAAAAUGUUGAUCUGAAUCAUAAAGUAACUGAGAAAAGGUUGGAAAAUACAACAAGUAGACAGAAUAAAAAAGAAACUGACCAAAAGUGUAAAAAGAAUUAUAUGAGAUCAGAAAAGUUUAAUAUCCAAACUAAACUGGAUCAUAAUUUGAAAAGGAUUGGAUUUUGUGAUUUAUCUAUUGAUUAUAAAGUGAAUCCAUUAUUGGCAAAACUUACAAAUCAUUCAUAUAAAUUUACACGAUUAGAUAGUAGAAAAUUAGAUAUGAGUAUACACGCUCAUAAUGCUGCCAUUAGCAAAUUAGCUAUUCAUUCAAAUAAAUCCUGGUUAUGUUCAGUUGGUGAUGAUAAAUUAUGGAAAUUGUGGAAAAUUCCAAAAUUAGAAUUAUUAAUGGAAUAUAAAUUAAUAACAAAUGAUUGGAUAUCAUCAAUUGAUUUUCAUCCUAAAGAAGAAAUAUUAGCAACAGGAAAUGCUCAAGGUUCUAUUCAAGUGAGUUCUUUUUUCUCAAAGUAA